CUUUUCCAACAAUCAAUUUACUCUUUGAACCCUUACUCCUUUCAUUUACGUCACGGGGUUUGACUUGCAGCAUUGAAUUGAAUUCACCAAUCUAUCUUUACAUCCUAUAUCCCUUACAUAUCCAUACCGAAACCACGAGUCACGAACGAAUCACAAAACGGAGAAUUACGAGCUAGGAUCUUGAAAACCGGAGGAAUUCAUUAGCGAUUUCUACUGCGUUUGCUGUGUUGGACGAGGUGUCACUCCCACGGGUUUGGGAACAUACUACCAUUAGCCACUAUCUACUGCUUUUCGUGUCAUGGACCUUUAGGCAGCACUCUUAUCAUUCAAAACACCUUACUCAAAUUAUCACGACCUUUUCCGAACCGAUUUUUAUUAAGUUCAGCACGGUCUGUCCCCUGAUAUUACCGAAACACAAUGCCACACAUUGGCGCUUUAAUGGAGCGGAGUCUCCAAGAGCACAGCCUCAAGGAUGCGUUUCUAAAUUUACUUGCGCGAAGUGUUAACGCCGCGGUGGAUAAACGAGCAACUGGUAUUCAAGGUAGCAUUCAGGACGCGAAAACGGCCUUUUCCAGCUGGGAUAAUUGUAUGCAAGCCAGUUUUUGCAAGUGGCCAGUCAUUGCCGUAAUUGCUAUCGGUGGUCUCAUCAUCAUAUCCAUCAUUUGGUGUAUUUCAAGAUGCUUAUGUUGCGGCCUUUCGUGCUGUUGUGAGUGCUGUUACUGCCUCAAGUGCUGUGGUCAGUGCUGUGGGUGCUGCGAUCCGCCUCGGGGAAAGAGGCACAAAUAUCUUGACGAUCCAUUCAUUCCUCCACACCAUGAAGAAAACCAGGCCUAUCGCUCGCAAGCACCUAUGACCCCAAGUAUAGCCCCAACGUCUAGUGCGCCCCAGUACGCUGUGUUCGAUGAUGGCAAGAAGGAUGCAGAUUCAUUGCCUGCUAUGCCAAGCUGGGAAGGCGCAAAAUCUCAAAAGGUGCUCAUCGAGGAUGAGCCUGUCGAGAUGGAACCAUUAAAGAAACCAGAGAAUGCCCAGAGUGCCUCUGCAAUCGCCUUGGGGUUGCCACCCAGAACGACGCCAAGUCCAGCCCCUGCAGCAGGGCGGAGCCCUUACGGAUCUGUACGAGGACCCAGCGGGCCCAACGGGUACAUGACUGCAGGGCGGACCGAUACAGACCCGUAUUCUACGAAUGGACAGGGCUACAACCAAAACCAAUAUGAUUAUAACGGCUACAGACAGGAUAGCUAUGGACAAAAUACUCAAGACACCUCGAAUCAAGGCUAUGGCAUGGCAGUCGGGACAUCUAGAAGCCAUACGCCUCAGCAAGAUUACAACAAUGGUUAUGGCAGAGGCGUUAUGGACCAGGGAUAUCCACAGUCACGAACUCCGAGACCGUACAACGACGAAUACGGGCGCAGUGUAACUCCUGGGACAUAUGGCGCGCCGCCGCCUAGCUAUCGAUCUACGCCUAUCGGUAGUAAUCCGUACGAGAAUCCCAGCCGAUUAGGCUCCCCCGGCCCACAGAACGGCUAUGGAUAUGGUAACAGCAACCCCUCUCGUAUGCGAUCUCCAGGCCCACAAGUAGGCUUCGAAUAUCCUGCUAGGUCACAAACGCAAACGCCUAACAGCUAUAACCGACAAUACCCUCCUACGCCCCAAAGGCAGUAUUCCAAUACCUCAAACCAGCCGUUGGUGCAGCAGAAUAUCGACCAUCCUUAUGCUGACACAACAAGCCCAGUGUCGCCCAUCCAAAACACGGGCGGUUUCGACUUCAGCUCCGGCUACAGUCGACCAUCUACAUCUCAUCAAACGGAGGAAGUCUCAGGAGCACAGAUGGCACCGCAGACGGCACCGCAGACGGCCAAUGGUGGAAAGGCUUAUCCAGGUUACCGCCCCUACAAACCACAGGGAACCAGCCAGCAGGAUAACUGGAAUGGAGCGUAAUGACCGUAAAUAAAUACAUAAAUUCAUGGGGAUGCAUAUUGAAAAAAGGGGGUGGAGGGAUCUAGGAUACAGCUAAUCUGGG